CCGGCCUCCCCCGCCGUCCGCCCCUAGAUAACCUCUCACUCCGGAACGCUAACAGUCGCUCCCCCAUUAACGUCCAGUCCCCUCCCCCAACCUCUCCUCGGUCACUCCUCUUCCCCAGCUUGCCCCUUCCUGUCCCACCUCCUACCCAAUGAGAGCGCUGCAUCUGUCCGCCGAGGCUGCUCCGUCCCGAGGCUCUUGGGGCCAAGGGGGGAGGGGAGAACACCUCCUCAUUUUCUCCCUCUCCUUGAUUUCUCAGGCCGGUUUCCUAGUCCGAUCCCUGCCGCGUGCACCCAUUCCUUUCCACCUCCUCCCGUAGGCCUCCGUCGUGCAUCCUCAGGGGGGUCCGAGAUGGGGCUUGCUAUUGGUUCCCCCUUUAAAGAUACCAGUUUGGUGGCCCAGUUCCUAAAAACUGAAGGAAUUGAGACAACAAAGACUGUUUUCUAUAAACUGUGUGUCACCUUUGUAUGAGGGCUGUCAUGGCAUUUUUAAGAUCUUUGCCAGCCUCAGGGUUACUUAUUAACCUUGCAUCUUCUACCUCCCUUGUAGCUUCCUAGUUAGCCUGCAGGUAUCCUGGGAUUGAAUGCAUGGUCAAAUGCAUGGACACAUUUAAAAUAAUAGUUUUUACAUUUACUUCUCUCACCACCCCCAGAGUUUCAACGCCAAUCUUGACAAAUGACUUUUCCAACAAGUAACUUUAAAUGUAUGUAGUUUAGAAAUCGGGAAAAAAGCAGAGGAGUUCUUAACCUGGUAGUAUAGAUAUUCCCUGCUUUCUGUUAACCUCAACCCCUAAAACAUGUCACAUUUCCCAUGUCUAGCAAUACUUAUAGUUUUCUGGUGCUUCUUUCUUCAGUCAUAGCCCCCAAAACAGGGCCUUCUUAUUGAUUAGCUUGAUAAACCUAAUCCUUUUUUAAUUAAUUGAAUCAUUUAUCCAAAAAAAGGAAAGGGAGACAGAGAAAUAAGAUUAUCUUGUGGCAGUCUUUUUCAAUAGAAGAUAAGUAAUAUGUAACAGAAUCAUGAUGCUGUCUUAUUUUUGUACAUUUUUUCAAAAGAGUUCAUGAAUAUCAAUAAAAGAACUUUAAAAUUGUAAUAUACAAAUAUAAGACACUUGCAUUACCUUUAUAUAAAUAGAAUGCCAUUUAACUAGAUUGUGAAAUAGACAUUUUAUUUAUUAAGAAAAGGAACAACUACAAAAUCUUACUGCAUGCAUCCUGAUGGAUAACAAUUCUAGGAAUAACACUAGGAGAGAAGAGUGAUUUACAUAAGAAAUCUUCAUACUGUUGGAUUGUAAGACAAAUAUCAUCGUUACCAUAUUUACAUAAUUUAAACUACUUUUAUUCAGUGACCAGUACUGAUAGGUGAAGGGAGGAAACAUCCUGGUGAGAAGAGUUAAGAGGGAUCUGUGUGCAGAGACAUCUCUUGAAAGAAAAAUUUUUGAAUGUGAAAAUAGGAAGAGAUAAAAUUAGGUCCUUAAAUGGUAAAGUAGGUGAUUAGUGGCAGUAUGAAUAGCUCCACAAACUUUAGUGUUGAUUUUUACAUGUUAAAAACUGUUGCUAACAUAAGGCAAUCUAGGAAACAAUGGAAAUAUGUUAGAGAAUUUAUUUUAAAAACAAGAUAAGAGAGCUUGACAAUUUCAUUUGGGCAGAAGAAAUAUUAAUAAGUCAGAAAAUUGGAGAAAAGCUGAUAACAUUAGAAAUGGUCAAGAUAGCCAUGAGCUGUAUGGACAAUGUUCUCCCAGCACAAAGAAUUAACUAGCUGUGUAGUUGUGGACAAGUCAAUUAACCUCAAAGCCUUAGUUUUCUCUGUGAAAUAUACUACUUACCUGAAGUAUGUGAAAUAUACUACUUACCUUACAUGAAUAUGAGGAAAGUGCUUUGUAAAUCUUAAUAAAUGUGCUAUAAUAGAGGCUGCAUGGUUAGAGAACUGAUUGAGAAACCAGGAAAGUUCAGGUUCCAGUUUUACCUCUGACAUACUUGACAGUGUGACCUCGGUUGAGCACUCUCAGUGCUCUAGGCAACUCUUUUAAGUUGCAGGGAAUGGCCUGAUCUGUAAUAGCUGAAGGAGUUUGCUCAUCCAGAAGUUCCUACCUCUGGAAUUACCACUCUGGGACCCAUACCUUUUAUAGAGCUGGCACAAUACAAUUACAUUUUACUUUUUUGUAUCUUAUUCCUAUAUUUCAUAUUAUUGCUUAGAAAAUGAACUUCCAUGUUGUUAGCUUUGAUUUUAGGCUUUAGCUAAAACUAAGAAGAAAGAUUUUAAGGGAUAAAGUGUUGCUUGUAUUCUAUUCCAUUUUGAACUGAACUGAAGUUGUUAACAAUUAAUAGAAAGUAGGCCACCCCCAUUAGAUGGGUAAGCCACUAUUAUAAUACACUGCUGUGUAUUCAGUAAGUAUUAAUUGAAUUAAAUGACUUGAAUUCCCUGCUGAGUUGCUUUGGAUUUUAAUCAGUGAUCUAGAAGUGAGUACUUAGUUGCUGUACUAUUUUUGAGUACAUGUUGUAUAAUUUAAAAGUUUCUAAUCAGUUUCUCUUGGUAUUCAUUGAAGUAUCAUUAUAUUAUUUCUUUGUAGCAUGUGGGAAGACACAGUGUCCUAGUAGCAAGAGAUUUUUAGACCCAAUUUAUGUGCUGUGAAGGUCUGGCCUUAUAAGUAGACAUACACUGCACUUUAUAAACCACUUUUUGUGGCAAUUCUUCACCAUAAGUUUAUGAUAAUUUGCAAAACUGAUCAUUCUACAUUUAAAUCUUUUAUUGAUUGCACUCUGGUGGUAGAUUAUAACUAUGUGAUAUGUAUUCAUUUACAUUUAUGGAUUCAAAACCCCCAAAUCCAAAUACCUAUCAACCAAGUGACGGUAGCUUUGUAUGUAGAGUUGUUGUUCAUAUAGUUUCUUUUUAUGGCAACUAUUAUCAGUGAGUACUAAUUGUUCAUGAUAAAUUCUUUUUUCUGUAAAUUUUUCUGCUAUUAACUUUGCAAUUUUAAUUUAGGAUUAAUAUUGGAAUUGAUAACUUUAGUUCUGGAUUUGUGAAAGAAGUAAAGAACUUUGUAGUUUACUAUAAAUAAGUUAGUGUGCUAUAGUGUGAAGUUCAUUUUCAAAUAGGAAAAAGUGCCCUUCAGAUUUUUAUAAUGAAUUUUUUGUCAAAAAAUAUUAAGUAACCUUGUUUUUCAUGUGAUAUUGUUUGAAAGAAGUGUAUUUCCUUCUAACUUGAUGAUGAGUAUAACUUGUGCAGUUUAUGUUGGCCUUAGAAAAGUUCCCAUAAAAUACAUUUUAAAACUCCAGUUGCUUUAUUCCCUUCUUUCUUUUACUCCAGCCUAAAUGCUAGAUGAGAGCAGAAUUCUACAAGUAAAUUGUGAACUAGCCAGUUGAACUUUUUGUCACCAGGGUUUCAUCUGAAAAUAUGAAAAAAAAAUUGAAAUAAUGUUAUCUAAUGUAUAUGUUUUGUGGCAAAUUACCAGUAUUAAAUGGAUGGUAGCAAAGUGCUUGAGAACCUGGGAUAAAAAGCUCCAUGAAAAUGCAACAUGGCAGCAGCAAUGGAAACUGAACAGCUGGGUGUUGAAAUCUUUGAAACUGCAGAGUGUGAGGAAAAUGUCGAAUCACAAGAACAGCCUAAAUUGGAGCCAUUUUAUGUUGAGAGAUAUUCCUGGAGUCAGCUUAAGAAACUGCUUGCAGAUACCAGGAAAUACCAUGGCUACAUGAUGGCUAAGGCACCACAUGAUUUUAUGUUUGUAAAGAAGAAUGAUCCAGAUGGCCCUCAUUCAGACAGGGUCUAUUACCUUGCCAUGUCUGGUGAGAAUAGAGAAAAUACACUAUUUUACUCCGAAAUUCCCAAAACCAUCAACAAAGCAGCAGUUUUAAUGCUGUCUUGGAAGCCACUCUUAGAUCUUUUUCAGGCAACCCUGGACUAUGGAAUGUAUUCUCGAGAAGAAGAAUUAUUAAGAGAAAGAAAACGCAUUGGAACCAUUGGAAUUGCUUCUUAUGAUUAUCACCCAGAAAGUGGAACAUUUUUAUUCCAAGCUGGAAGUGGAAUUUACCACGUAAAAGAUGGAGGUCCACAUGGAUUUACUCAACAACCCUUAAGACCCAAUUUAGUGGAGACCAGUUGCCCCAACAUAAGGAUGGAUCCAAAACUGUGCCCUGCUGAUCCAAACUGGAUUGCUUUCAUCCAUAGCAAUGACAUCUGGAUAGCGAACAUUGUAACUAGGGAAGAAAGGAGGCUCACCUAUGUGCACAAUGAGCUUGCUAACAUGGAAGAGGACCCAAGAUCUGCUGGGGUUGCUACCUUUGUCCUUCAGGAAGAAUUUGAUAGAUAUUCUGGCUAUUGGUGGUGUCCAGAGGCAGAACCAGCUCCUAAUGGAGGAAAAAUUCUUCGAAUUCUAUAUGAAGAAAAUGAUGAAUCAGAAGUGGAAAUUAUUCAUGUUACAUCUCCCAUGUUAGAGACCAGAAGGACAGAUUCCUUCAGAUAUCCCAAAACAGGCACAGCAAAUCCAAAAGUCACUUUUAAGAUGUCAGAAGUAACGAUUGAUGCUGAAGGAAGGAUUGCAGAUGUGGUGGAUAAGGAACUAGUCCAGCCCUUUGAAGUUCUGUUUGAAGGAGUUGAGUAUAUUGCCCGAGCUGGAUGGACUCCAGAGGGAAAAUAUGCUUGGUCCAUCCUACUAGAUCGUUCCCAGACCCGACUACAGAUAGUAUUAAUAUCCCCUGCAUUAUUUAUCCCAGUAGAAGAUGAUGCAAUGGAACGACAGAAACUAAUAGAUUCAGUGCCUGAUUAUGUGACACCACUCAUUAUUUAUGAAGAAACAACAGACAUCUGGAUAAAUAUCCAUGAUAUCUUUUAUGUUUUUCCCCAAAGUCAUGAAGAUGAAAUAGAGUUUAUUUUUGCCUCAGAAUGCAAAACAGGUUUCCGACAUCUGUAUAAAAUUACAUCCAUUUUAAAGGAGAGCAAGUAUAAACGAUCUAAUGGAGGACUACCUGCUCCAAGUGAUUUCAAAUGCCCCAUCAAGGAAGAAAUAGCAAUUACAAGUGGUGAAUGGGAAGUGCUUGGCCGACAUGGAUCAAAUAUCCAAGUUGAUGAAGUACAGAAGCUGGUGUAUUUUGAAGGCACCAAAGACUCCCCGUUAGAACAUCACUUGUAUGUGGUCAGCUAUGACAAUCCUGGAGAGGUGACAAGAUUGACAGAUCGUGGCUACUCUCAUUCCUGCUGUAUUAGCCAGCAUUGUGAUUUAUUUAUAAGUAAAUACAGUAAUCAGAAGAAUCCACACUGUGUGUCCCUUUACAAGCUCUCAGGUCCUGAAGAUGACCCAGCCCGGAGAACAAAGGAAUUUUGGGCCACUAUUUUAGAUUCAGCAGGUCCUCUUCCUGACUACACACCCCCAGAAAUCUUCUCAUUUGAAAGUACUACAGGAUUCACCUUAUAUGGAAUGAUGUACAAACCUCAUGAUCUACAGCCUGGGAAAAAAUAUCCCACUGUGCUGUUCAUCUAUGGUGGUCCUCAGGUUCAGCUGGUGAAUAAUCGGUUUAAAGGAGUCAAGUAUUUUCGCUUGAAUACUUUGGCAUCUUUGGGUUAUGUAGUUGUGGUAAUAGACAACAGGGGAUCUUGUCAUCGAGGGCUUAAAUUUGAAGGUGCCUUCAAAUAUAAAAUGGGUCAAAUAGAAAUUGAAGACCAGGUGGAAGGACUUCAAUACCUAGCAUCUCAAUAUGAUUUUAUUGAUUUAGAUCGUGUGGGCAUCCAUGGCUGGUCCUAUGGAGGAUACCUCUCUUUGAUGGCAUUAAUGCAGAGGUCAGAUAUCUUCAGGGUUGCGAUUGCUGGAGCUCCAGUUACUCUGUGGAUUUUCUAUGAUACGGGAUAUACAGAACGUUAUAUGGGUCACCCCGACCAAAAUGAACAGGGGUAUUACCUAGGAUCUGUGGCCAUGCAAGCGGAGAAGUUCCCUUCUGAACCUAAUCGUUUAUUGCUAUUACAUGGGUUCUUGGAUGAAAAUGUUCACUUUGCACACACCAGUAUAUUACUGAGUUUUUUAGUAAGGGCUGGGAAGCCAUAUGAUUUACAGAUCUAUCCUCAGGAGAGACACAGCAUAAGAGUCCCUGAAUCUGGAGAACAUUAUGAACUGCAUCUUUUGCACUAUCUUCAAGAAAAUCUUGGUUCACGAAUUGCUGCUCUAAAAGUGAUAUAAUUGUGACUUUUGUGGAACUCUGGUACAUGGCUGCUUAACCAAAUGAGGAGGUUUAAUCUGUAGAAAAUAUAGAAAACUGAUCAUCACAUUUUGGUGCCUGCUAUUUAACAUUCACUUCUGAAAGUAAAUUUGGUGCCAUACCGGAAUCUACAGUACAUGAAUAGCAACCUCAUUCCUUAACACACAAAGAACUGAACAAUGUAAAUUUCCAUGGACACAGCAAUACCAUGAGAAUUACUGAGAGAAGCUAAAACAUUUGCAGCACAUAUCAACACCAUCAUAUUUCCACCUUUUAAAAGCAUUGUAAGCCUCAUGGAUUUAAUUGGUGUAUUUUUACAUUAUAUUUGAGUUUGUUACAUUAUGGUAAUACUAGGUGAUUGGUUCACUACAAUUCCUGAAUCUCUGGCUAAUUACAAAUUUGGUAGCACUUAAGUGUAAUUGAAUAGCUUAUGCUUCAUUGCUUGGGGUGUGUCCAGCAUGUUAAGAACUAAUCACUAUUAAAGCUAUGACUUAACCAAUUGUUAAUGAUUUUAAGGAAUAAUUCUAGUGGCCUCCUAAAGACACUCAUUUUGGUUUAAAGUUCUUCCCAGUUUUUCAUUGAGUUUCAGCUGUGUCUAGUAAAAAAAAAAAAAAUACUAAUUUUUCUUUGAUGAUAUCACAAGAUGGAUUUUACCUGAUUUACUUUCACAUAAAGGACAGUAACUGUAUUUGUAGCAUGAUUUUUAACUAAUCUUAUGGCAUUAAUAAUUACAUGCAGAUUAAUUUUAAAUUGAAUGACUAUAACUUAAAUAUUUGCAGGCUGUUUUUUCCCUUAGGAAAAGAAAAGUAUAUAUUUACUUUACUUCUUCAAAAAAAUUGUUGAUACCCAAUUUUUCAUAUACCAUUUCCUUACAUCAAAGACAGAGAUGGGAGGUGAGGAAAAUGUGGAAGGGAAACAUAGGGAAGUGAGAGUGGGAAUAUGGAUCUUUUUAAGUCCAAAAUGUAAGUGCCACUUGACUGGAAAAAUUCAUGAAAAAAAUUAGGAAAUGAGAUUUUUAAUUCUUAGAAUAUUAACUAAGAAAACCAAAGUAAAAUAAACUAAUCAGCCCUAAGUCAGCAUAAUCCUAAACUGACUAUAUUCAGGAGAAUUCUUUAUAAAUUUUUUAGAAACCAACAUUUAUAGUCCCUACUUUUUAAGUGGUUCUAGUGAGCACAAAAAGCUUUUUGGAAAUGGCAAGCUUAAAUUUAAUUUAAUUUAAUUUAAAAUAUCCAACAGAUUUCUUUAUCAUAAGUUUAUCCCCUUAUUCAUGCAUUAUUCUCUUCAUUGUUUAAAAAUUGUAUAUAAUUAUCUAUUUUAAGUUUCCCUAAAAUAAACUCUGAUAAUGAAAUUAUUCUGGUUUACCCCUAACAUUUGAAUGUUCAAGGGUUUUCAUAUGCUUUCAGGUAUUGAUUGAGUUCUAUUGGAGUGUUGGGGUAGAAGGGCAGAAUUUUCUUGUUGCUAGGAGACCUGGGUAAGAGCUUAGCAAGAAGGAAAGCUUAACUUUAAAAAAAUCUACUCAACCCUUCUAAUCAUGAGCACUAUUAUUUUCUUGGAAAGAAGUUGUUGUAUUUAGGAGCAAGAGUCCCUAGAGAGAAUGUGGAAAUUUCUAUUGUUUAUCACAUACUGACUGUAGAUUUUGUCUACAGAGCACAUACUUACCAGGAAAAAAAAAAAAAGAUAUUAUCUCUAUGG